AAUGAAAGUGGCUACCAACAGGAAGAGGACGGAAAAAAUAACCAUCCGAGACACCGAGCUGAGCCAGACCCACAGCUACCAUGAACAGCAAAGGCCAGUAUCCAACUCAGCCAACCUAUCCAGUGCAGCCUCCUGGGAACCCAGUGUACCCUCAGACACUACAUCUUCCUUAGGCUCCACCCUAUACUGAUGCUCCACCUGCCUACUCAAAGCUCUAUCGUCCAAGCUUUGUGCACCCAGAGGCUGCCACAGUCCCCACCAUGUCAGCUACAUUUCUAUGCUCACUGUAUCUUCCCAUGGCCCAGUCUGUGACUGUUUGACCUUUUGGUUCCACAAUUCCCAUGGCUUAUUAUCCAUUUGGCCCCAUCUAUCCACCUAGUCCAGCAGUGCUGGUGGAAGGAGGGUAUGAUGCAGGUGCCAGAUUUGGAGCUGGGGCCACUGCUGACAUUGCUCCUCCACCCCCUGGAUGCCCUCCCAAUACCGCUCAGCUUGCAGUCAUGCAGGGAGCCAAUGUUCUUCUUACUCAGCAGAAGAGAAACUUCUUCAUUGGUGGCUCAGAUGGUGGCUACACCAUCUGGUGA